UUUUUUGUCUUUUUGCAGCUCGGCAUCACUUUGUGAUCCUUCUUUCUUUAAGGAGACAAACUCAGUGCGCAUCUGCAGACAAACUUUCGUUUUCACUCUCUGGCGGAGUUGGAGGAAGUGAUUUUGUGAUUGAUUGAUUUUUAUUUAUUUAUUUUUUGCUGAUGGAGUUUUCUGAGCACAUUAAGACCGCCAACGUGGACGACGUGGUGCUCCGGCAGCCGCUGCAGCCGCCGGUCCGCGGCGCGCUGUGCGUCACCGGACACCACCUCCUGUUCUCGGACCGGACGGACCGCGGCUCCCGCCCGCUGCUGCUGCUGCUCCGGAACAUCGACGCCAUCGACAAAAGGAUUUCUGGAUCUUCAGGCACCAUCACCAUCAAGUGCAAAGACCUGCGUGUGUUCCAGCUGGAUAUCCCGGGCAUGGAGCAGUGUCUGAACAUCGCCCACUCCAUCGAGACCCUGUCCAGCCUGGACUGCGUCUCGGAGAUGUAUCCAUUCUUUUACAGACCUGGUGAUCGCAGCCUGAAGGACCAAUGGGGUCUCUCAUCUCCAGAGAAGGACUACGCUCAAAUGGACGAGCUGCAUGACAAGUGGAGACUGAGUCAUGUGAACAGAGCCUACGCCGUAUGCCCCUCCUACCCUCCGGCCGUCAUCGUCCCCAAGAACAUAGACGACGGCAUUCUGGUGAAGGCGUCCAAAUUCAGGCAGGGAGGGCGUUUUCCAGUUCUCUGCUACUACCACCGGAAGAACGGCAUGGUGAUCGUGCGCAGCAGUCAGCCGCUGACAGGAGCCAACAGGAAGCGCUGUAGUGAAGACGAACUCCUCCUCCAGGCUGUGAUUGACGGCUCAGACAAAGGUUACAUUAUUGAUACCCGGUCCCACCAGCAGGCUCAACAGGCCCGGAUGAUGGGAGGCGGGUUUGAAUCCAAAUCAAGCUACAGCCGCUGGAAGAGACUGCACAGACAGAUGGAGAGGGGUAAAGCUCUCCAGGAGAGUCUGAUUAAACUGGUGGAGGCCUGUGGUGACCAGUCUGACAACAUGGACCGAUGGUUGAGUAAGUUGGAGAACUCCAAGUGGCUUUCUCACGUUCAGACAGCGCUGUCCACCGCCGGCCUCUUGGUGGAGUGUGUGGAGAGGGACGGUCAUUCGGUUCUGGUUCAUGGUUCUGAAGGCACAGACAACACUUUGCUCAUCAGCACUCUGGCUCAGCUCAUCAUGGACCCGUGCUGCCGCACACUGGAGGGUUUCCUGGCUCUGCUGGAAAGAGAGUGGCUCCAGGCAGGACACCCAUUUCAGCAGCGCUGUUCUCACUCGGCGUAUUCCCAUGUGAGACUCCAGCAGGAGGCGCCGGUCUUCCUGCUGCUGCUGGACUGCGUGUGGCAGCUGUGGCGCCAGUUCCCUCUGGCUCUGGGUUUCUCCGAGUUGCUGCUCCUGAGGUUGGCGACUGAAGCCUACUCCUCAGAUUAUGGCACGUUCCUCUGCAACAGCGAUCAGGAGAGGUCUGUUCUGGGAGUGAAAGAGAAGACUCACUGUUUGUUUCAGGUCCUCCUCAGGCCCGCGGCGAGGCUGCAGUAUGUCAACCUGCUGUAUGAACCAACUGAGCUGGCCAUCUGGCCCUCAGUCCACCCUCAGUCCCUGCAGCUGUGGCGAGGCUUUUUCCUGAGGUGGACCCAGCAGAACCGCCACCUGGAAGAAGCACAGGAAGAGAUCAGGAACAUGGUCAUCGAGUGGAGCAAACUGACACUCAGCUGACGACAAAAUACUCUCACGCAGUCAGACUGUCAGGCUAUAGAUGUUUUUGUUUAAAAAAAAAAAAAAUCACUGUUAUGUUACCCAAACAUUGUGACGUAAAAAAGGUUUUUUUGCUUCACAGAUUUUAUGGUCAACA